AUGUUCUGGUAUAAGCUAGAGCUAGCAGCGCAAAAGCAUGGUACCAGCUCGUUUGACCAGGAAAAGCUAGUGCAAUUCGUCCAGGGAUACGGGUCCCUAGAAAUUGCGGCUGGAGCAGGAGAGUAUCUGACUGGGAUGGGAGACUUCACUGACGCGACACGUGUGAAACACCUCUUACACUCAGAGGAGCCAAACAUGCACGUUCAUUUCGGUCAAGCGACCGCAGAGACUCACGGUCUAUAUGAGACAUUGCCAGCACCAUCCAUCGAUGCUAUGCAAUGGGGAAAAUUCCAUUUCUUUUCCCAAUCUUGCGCCAGUUGCAGCCAUUCCUCUUCACAUGAUGAAACAGAUGAGACAUCAGAUUUGCCUACUAACACAGAGAUAAACGAAUCUAGUAACUUUACUACAAACUUGGACCGGUCAGCCAAAGAUGCUGCAAAGAAUAAAAAGACAAGGGUAACAAAAAGAACGGCAGAAGCCUCACCUGUAAUAAAUAUAAAUAAUACCACAGAUGACAUGUUAUUACAGGAAGCUAUGGAAGUACUUCAUACAAAAGAUGAUGCCUGCUAUACCUUUGGAAAACAUGUGGCAUCUGAACUCAGAAAAUAUGACGCCCACACGUUAGCAUGCGUGAAGAAAUGUAUAAUGGACACCAUUUUUGAAGCAGACAUGGGACGAAUUCCACGCCAAAACAAUUAUGGAUAUUUCACUCAACAAUAUGCAGGCAGACAAUAUGUAAAUGAAUCAUCUUCUUCAUCCGUUUACGCAUCAACAUAUGUCCCCACACCCAGCCCGCAAGCCUCCACACCCAGCCCGCAAGCCCUCACACCCAGCCCGCAAGGCCCCACACUCAGAACUCUAGCUCCCACACCCAGCACGCUAGCUCCUACAAGCCCGCAAACUUCAAAGCAAGUCCAACUCGAGGCACUGCAUUCAGUUCUUAACAAUAAGACAGAUAGUGAUUUUACUGAAUAA